GGGAUUUCGCAGGGGUAGCCCAGCGGUUGAAGCUGCGGCGGAUCCCUCGGCACUGCCCGCCGCGCGGCCGUGCAGCCCAGGGCCGGGGGCAGCUCCGCAAAGUCGCGGGGCGAGAGGAGGCGGGCGCCCGCAAAGUGGCCGGGCCGGGCCGGGCUGGGACGGGUAGAGGGGUGCCGGGGAGCCCGGAGCCGGGCGCCCGGGUGCCUCGCGUGGAGCUGCGGUGCGCCCGGGAGGCGAGCCGACGCUCGGGAGCGAGCAAGCAAAUCGCUGCCUCCCUAAAGACUCUAAGUUACGCAGACCAGCCGGUUCCCGGGGAGCGCGCGUGGAGCCGCGCCGCGCCGCGCCGCAGAGCCCUCCCGGGCCGGCCGGCGAGAAGCGGGGCGCCGGCACCCCCAGCGCGGGGUCCGGCCGGCAGUGCGCCCCGGGACUGAGCGACGGCGUGCGAGGCUCCUCCGACCCGCCCGCAGCCCGCGCCCGACUCGGGCGCCCCCUCCGUGCCACUCCGGGAGCGAUGCCCCCCGCCCCCCGCGCCCCCCGGGAGCGACGCGAGCAUGGAGAAGUCGAGUAGCGAGGAUUCUUCGAUCCACCGGAGUCCAUCUUUGGACAGCAAGGACUCGGACUUUGCCAAGCCGUCCACCUCGGGCCGCCCGUUCGGCCGCGGCUUCACGGCCGGCGCCUUCUACGGCACCGCGGGCUCCCGCGGCCAGAGCCGCGCCGAGGCUGGCGUGAAGACCGACAAGUACAAUGCGCCCAAAGGCAGCAAGUACGUGGUGUUUUACCUGGACCUGUCCUUUGUUCUCCUCCUAGAAUUUAAGAAGUGCAACAUGGCCAGAGGCUGCCUCUGCUGCUUGAAGUACACGAUGUUCCUCUUCAAUCUGAUAUUCUGGCUCUGUGGCUGUGGACUGCUUGGAGUGGGCAUUUGGCUCUCCGUGUCCCAAGGCAAUUUUGCCACCUUCUCCCCCAGCUUCCCAUCGCUGUCUGCAGCCAACCUCGUCAUUGCCAUAGGCACCGUCGUCAUGGUGACGGGCUUCCUCGGCUGCCUGGGCGCCGUCAAGGAGAACAGGUGCCUCCUUCUGAGUUUUUUCAUCGUCUUGUUGAUCACCCUCCUGGCGGAGCUGAUCUUAAUUAUCCUCUUCUUUGUCUACACGGACAAGGUGAAUGAGAACGCCAGGAAGGACCUGAAGGAAGGCCUGCUGCUGUACAACUCGGAGAACAACGUGGGGCUUAAGAACGCCUGGAACAUCAUUCAGGCCGAGAUGCGGUGCUGUGGUGUCACCGACUACACAGACUGGUACCCGGUGCUGGGGGAGAACACGGUUCCCGACCGCUGCUGCAUGGAGAACUCCCAGGGCUGUGGGCGCAACAGCAGCGCCCCCGUGUGGAGGACGGGCUGCUACGAGAAGGUGAAGAUGUGGUUUGAUGACAAUAAACACGUGCUCGGCACGGUGGGGAUGUGCAUCCUGAUCGUGCAGAUUCUGGGCAUGGCCUUCUCCAUGACCCUCUUCCAGCACAUCCACCGGACUGGGAAAAAAUAUGACGCCUGAGCGGGCCGGCCGAACGCCCCGGCCCCGCGGACACUGCGCCCGGGAAGAGGCCUUCAGCUUGUGUCACCUGCCCGCACCCUCCAGACUGCUGACCCCUGCACCCGCCGCCCCGGCCUGGCUUCCCCGCCACCCGCUGCAGCCUUAUCGGCGGGCGGAGGCCAGGGAGGAGGAGGUGCAGAGACCUCGGGGUGCCGGGGUGCCCAGAUGCCUGUGUAUUUGCCAAAGAAGACAGGGUGGGCAGGCGGUGUGCUCUGGGAGCCCCCCGGCACCAGUGCGCUUCUGCCCUGUCCUUCCUCUGCUGACACUUUGUCCCCGCGUGGCGUGGGGCGGGAGGCGCAGGGCUCCCUCCCGGUGGAGAGACUGCGCGGCGGAGGCCCCGGUGCCCCUGGCCACCCGGAGAGCGGGUGCGCGGACGCGGGCGGGGCUGACCGUCUCCCGGCCGGGCCCCUGGAAACAUCUCGCCCAGGCUUUUUAUACCUUACAGUGUAACUUUUCUAUUUUAUUUUACUCUGAUUACGAUUAUUCAGGAAUACUAUCUCUUGGAUAAGUUUAGGGUUAGCUUUCUGAUUUAUAACUUUUUACUGCGUUGA